AUGGAAAACCAAGAUUUGACACCAUCCAACGAAGAAAAAUUUGAGGAUAUGUGGAGCAGUCUUCCACCAGAUCUUUUAAGUUUGGUAUCGUCAGAUCUCUAUGCUGGGGACAAUGCGAUGUUUCGUGCUGUUUGCAAAACAUGGCGGUCAAUCACCAUGGCUCCUCCACUUCCACUUCCUUCCCCAUUCGAUCAUGAUGAUUCUCCAUUUCCGUGGUUAUUCCAUAUCCCCAAAAGCAAUAAUGGCAGAGGAAAAUUUUUCCACCCCAUAUAUAAUUACACUUGGGAGAUAGACCUCCCAGCACAACUAGCAGGUGCUGUAAUCCACUUUUCAAAGUAUGGGUGGUUGCUAAUGGCCCGGCUUAAGGUACAUCCAUUUUUCUUCCAUCCUUUCACAAAAGAUAUUAUUGAACUUCCUGAGCUACCGUUAGACGGGAUUGAAUAUGUACGAUCAAUGUUCUUUACUUCUGCACCAUCCCUAGAUUGUUUGGUUGUCGUAAUGAAUUGUAGGCCUUAUGGCCACGUUUGGGUCCUUAAACUAGGAGAGGGGGAAUGGAAUCUUCAUCAUCUUGUUAGGAAAAAUUUUGAUUGGACUGUAUGCAAUCCGAUUUUACACAAAGGAUUAUACUAUAGUUUGGAUUGCGAUGGAAACUUGGGAGUAUUCGCUCUGGAAGACAUAGAUAACAGUUGGGUUACCUACAAAAUGAAAUUUCCAUGGAGCCGUUUCAAUUCAAUUGUUCAAGCAUUUCUAGUGGAAAAUGAAGGAGAAUUGUUAGCCAUUUUCAUUAAAAAGAAUGGCCAAAAGAUUCAUGUUUUCAAGCUGCACCCGACAAGGGACAUCUGGGAACCAGUAUCAAGUUUAGGAGACAACAUGCUGUUCGUGAGUCAAGGUGCAUCCUUCUCCAAAAAGGCCCUGGUGAAAGGCACCAACAACAAAAUUUAUGGUCCAAACUUUUGGGACAAAACUGGCCUCUUUUGCUUCUACUCACUCAAAACUGGCAAGUAUCAUUCUUUCUUUGAUAAUCUUUCUAGUACAGAUUCUUACAAUACGAAAUUCCUUCAAAAUUGCUCUUGGUAUACUUUUAUGUAA